AUGCACGAGCUCCGAGAAUCCAGUGACAGCAGACCCGUAUAUUACCUUGACGAAACGUGGGUGAACGAAAAUCAUACACAGAAGUACAUAUGGCAGGAUACGACUGAGUCAGGUGGAUUAAAGGUUCCUCUCGGCAAAGGUAGGAGACUAAUAAUUUGCCAUGUUGGUUCAGCGAAAGAUGGGUUUUUGCAUGAAUGCAAGUGGGUGUUUCAAUCAAAAACGUCCUCAAACGACUAUCAUGAUGAAAUGAAUGCUGACUCAUUUAAAGAAUGGUUCAUUAAAUUGUUAUACAUUUUGGAAGAGGGUUCGAUAAUUGUAAUGGACAACGCACCAUACCACUCCGUCCUCGCCGAAAAAAUACCAAAUACAUCGUGGACAAAGGAAAACAUUCAAAAUUGGCUAUCUGCAAAAAAUAUACAAUAUUCAACGAGUGAAACCAAACCAGAACUACUCGCGAGGGUUCUUCCGUACAAAACCCAACCGAAAAAGUAUGAACUAGAUAUUUUGGCCAAUGAAAUGGGGCAUACAGUGGUCAGGCUCCCUCCUUAUCACUGCCAAUAUAACCCCAUCGAGUUAGUAUGGGCUAAAGUGAAAGGAGAGGUGGCAUCCAAAAAUAAAACCUUUAAAUUAAAAGACGUUGAGCAACUUGUACAUGACGCUCUAAACAAUGUCACGAAAGAAGACUGGAAGUCCAGAGUUCUACAUGCAGAAGCUCUGCAGGAAGAGGAUUUUAAGAAGGAGUGUGUUAGAACCGUAACAAUAGACAAAUUAAUUGUAAACUUGGCGGAAAGUUCAGACACUAGUAGUGAAGCAGAAACCGAAGAAGAGCCGGACGCUGAAAACUAA